AUGACUGCAACUGAAGGACUUGAACCGGAAGUUUACCAGAGUCCACUGCAUGGAAAUGACUUGGUGAAUGAGACCCUAGAAGAACUCAGAAAACAAAGGUUACAAGCAAAUGAUACUACCGAGUUUGAUCUAAAGCCAGUUGUGGAUCUUUUCACCAGGAUUAACGAGGAGGUAGCAUUGCAUCAGCCUAAGAACUUGGUUGAGUUUGUGAUUGAUUUUCUUUGUAAAAAUUACCCUGAUCAUUUACAUGGAUUUAGUAAUAUUUGGAACUCUGAUCCCGAAUUGGAGCAGAGCAGAUUAGUAGUAGUCGAGUUUUUCAAAUAUAAUAGAUUGCCAGUUGAAAUAGCUUCUCACUUUACCAGAGCUGGUUAUGAUACUUUGGACACUAUAGCAUCUCUUAACAGGGAAUCUUUGGUUGAGAUUGAGAAAUACUCAAAUGCUGAAUGGCUUCCAGGUCACAAGGUUCGCUUAAUGAACAUGUUCGAGAACAUUGAGGAAUACAUCUCCGAGUUUAAGCGUGAAAGGCCCUUUCAACACCUCCAUAAAUCGGGAUAA